CGGCGGCAAACCGGCUCCCGGAGCUGCCCGGGCGGCGGGCGAGGGGCGAGCGGGCUUCGGCGAGCCCGAGGCGGUCCCGGGCCCGCAGGUCUUCGUGUCUGUUCCCAGCACUCUGCUAGGCUAGAAAAGGAGGAAGCUGUCCAGAAUCCCUGCAGGACAGGAAAAGGAGAGGAAAUCUCAACAUGGAAAAACUCUGCAAUGAAAAUGAAGGAAAGCUGGAAAGUGAAGGAAAGACACACGAUGAAGUAGAGCCUGAAGAUGAAGAAAAGUCAGAUGAGGAAGGAAAACCAGAAGUAGAGGGGCAGCCAGGGCACCAGGGAAAGCUCCAGAAUGAGGGACAGCCAGAUGAUGAGGCACAACCAGAAGAUGAGGGAAAGCAGGACAAGCAGGGCAAGUCCGAAGAUGAGGGAAAACCACAGGGCGGCGAGGGCAAGCGAGAAUCCCAGGCAAAGCCAGAGAGCGAUCGGCGGGCUGCCGAAAAGCGCCCGGCUGAAGAUUAUGUGCCCCGGAAAGCGAAAAGGAAAACCGACAGGGGGACGGACGACUCCCCCAAGGACUAUCAGGAGGACCUACAGGAAAGGCAUUUGGGCAGUGAGGAGAUGAUGAGAGAAUGUGGAGAUAUGUCAAGGGCUCAGGAAGAGCUAAGGAAAAAGCAGAAAAUGGGUGGUUUUCAUUGGAUGCAAAGAGAUGUACAGGAUCCAUUCGCCCCAAGGGGUCAACGAGGUGUCAGGGGAGUGAGGGGCGGAGGUCGGGGCCAAAGGGGUUUACAUGAUAUCCCCUAUCUUUAAUGCCUGUGGCCUUGAUUCUGAUUUCUCUGAUGGGAAUAUUGCCAACCCUGCUUUCCCUGGCAGGCAUUUGCCAGGCUAUGUGCUUUAACCUUAAGCUGAUACUUUGCUUUAGGUGUCACUCUUGUUACCAGCAGCCUUUUGAUCCAACUACAGUGCUCUGUCUGUCAGUAAGGGAUUUUCACCCAUGUGCAUGGAAGAGUU